AUGCAGUUGUUAAAGUGUAAGCUCCUGUAUCCCAGCAGGACAACAGAUACCCCCCCCCCCAGUGAAUUUACUCUCCCUGCUGCAGGCUGCACUGGCAUCUGCCCCUGACUUUGCACAUUUUACAAUGCUGGGAAGAUCCAAGUGCAAUUUCUCAUAGAUAUUCGUUUAAUGAUUAAAUGUGAGUGUGACCUUUGCCUGUGCUGUGGAGUGUGAGACAAGUGCCAUAUUGCUUGUAACCAUGUUACGGGGGGCCCUCCUGCUGGCCUGGGUGCUGAGUGCAGCCUCUGAGAAUUACAUGGAUGUCUGUUUGGAUGGGAAACACCAGAAAGUUGAUCCAGGCCCAGAAGAUGAUUUACAUGGGCAGUGCACCCCCUGGAAGGAGAAAUCCUGCUGCUUCACGAAUACCAGUCAAGAGGCCCACAAAGACCAGUCAUACCUGUACAAUUUCAACUGGGACCACUGUGGGAUCAUGUCUCCUGCCUGCAAGACCCAUUUUGUCCAGGACACCUGCUUCUAUGAAUGUUCCCCAAACCUUGGGCCCUGGAUCCAGAAGGUUGAUAGCACAUGGAGGAAAGAACGGAUCCUGGACGUCCCUCUGUGCAAGGAAGACUGUGAAGGUUGGUACAACGACUGCAAGAAGGAUUAUACCUGCAUGGAAAACUGGCACAAAGGCUGGAACUGGACCUCAGGAACCAACCAAUGCCCGAUUGAAACCAAAUGCCGACUGGUCUCUGACGUCUUUCCCAGUGCCAGGGAUUUCUGUGAGAAGAUCUGGAGCAAUUCGUAUAAAUACACCACGAGUGUACGAGGCAGCGGCGUGUGCAUGCAGAUCUGGUUCAAUGUGACCAAUGGGCGUGUCAACCCCAAUGUGGCCGUGGCUAAGCGAUACGCCGACCGCCUGAAUUCUGCCGGGAGCCUCCAGGUUGGCCUCCUACUACUGGUUCCUCUCUGCCUAGCAUGGGCAAUAUAAGCCGGGUCUCAUCACUCAUGAAGCAUCUCCAGCUCUGCCGCCUUGUCCAUGCAAGUGAGACUCCAAUAUGGUGUCCACCCUCCCCAUCUCUAGUUCCAAGGAACCUUUUGAGGUUCUAAUAGAAACCCAGUGGCAAGGCCAAAGGACCUCCACCUAAUGUACUUGUAUCACUCCUGAAAUACAGACGGCAGCUCCUUCCUGAGGUAUCAGACUGUUGCUAUGGAGACCCCACCGUAACGCAGCCACUUUCCACUCCAGUAACCCAUGGGGACCAGUUAGAACCUUCCAUUACUCUGUCUCUGCUAGACCAGUUAAAGCUGAGGUGGAGCAAAACGUAACCCCUUUUAGACCCCCAAAGCCACUUGUUCCCCUGGAAAUGUCUCCUUGCGGAGUUGCACUCAAUGUAACAACAUGGGACCUGCACUGCUGUGACCAGACUCAGUAUAACGCACUGUAGCUCAAUAUCACAUGGGGAGGGGGGAGCCUGUUUGUGCCAAACCCAAUAAAGUCCAGGGUGGGGAACCAUAAAA